AUGUUUACGAGCAAGAUUGAGCAUGCUCAGACUAAGAAGUUGAAAAGAAGAUUUAUUCCUAGUAGGAAACUGGGGCGUAAAUCAAGAGACUUAUUGAAAUAUAAACCAUUUAAGUUGAAUUGUAGUGGAAAGGGCCAGAAGUUGGAUGAAUUAGAUGUAAACGAAUUAAAAAACGAACAGGCGAAUAUGAAACUUUACGAUGAUGUAGAAAGCGAUUCCGAAAAAGAACUGGAAAUAACUCUAAAUGAUUUUAGCUUUGAUGAUACGAGCAGCCGGAACCCUUUACCUUUUCCCGGAUCAAGACAACCCCAUAAAAGAGUGAGCAGCGGGGGAAAUAAACUAAUAGCCCCUGCUCCGACUUCUAAAAUUAAGAAUCACAUUGUUUCUAGAUGCUGGAAUAAAAGAAAAUUAACUGCAACGUGGCUUACAGCAAUGAGCAGAGGAAAGAAAGAUCCGACUGUCUUGUCGCCGCAAUUGACCUCUAGGAGCUCUUCAUACAAUAUGACUUCAGAGUCACAAAUAAGGAUACUUCGGGUAUCAGAUAGUGAUUCUCAGGAGAGUCCAGAUAGAUCUCCAAGAAACACCACCCUUAUAGCAACAGACACUGAUAGUGUUACAAAUUAUACUAAAAUUUCUAGUUUGGGAUGCCAUGGACGGAACUGUUCAACAGACAAUUCAAUUUUAUCAGUAGAGUGCCAAUCACAAGAGCAUUUAAAGGGUGACACACUCAUUUAUGCAGACGCAAUUACCAAAUUACAACAAAAUGCAAAAAAAUUAAGGAUUGGCGAUUUGCCCUAUAAAUCUAUAGUACCAUCUGUAGAUGGUUCUGAAGUAUCUCAAAGAACGGUGUCAGCUCUAUCGCUGCUGGCUAAUAAGGAUUCUCUUUCUUCAGAACCCUAUCUGAAUACAGGAAAUUCUAGCAAGUUGAAAAGCAAAAGAAGCAGUUCCUUUGCAAAUGUUAUCAGUGGGUUUGCUAACAUGAUGUAUUGCAGCAGCAGUAAAUGCAUAAAAAGAGUGCCAACCCCUGUUAGUUUGGACUUACUGGGAUCACCUCCUUCAGUUUCAAUUGGAAUGUCAGAAAGGGAAUACCUUGAUAAGUUGCACUUCUAUGGAAAGUUCAUCGCAGUUAUUUUAUGCCAAGAUGAUUCCGAAUUCAAGCAGAGUUGUUUGGAACUUUAUAUUCACAGUGAGUUUAAUUUUUCGAAUGAACCGUUGGAUAUUUCGUUAAGGAAGUUACUUUUAAUAUUACAAAUACCAAAGGAAUCUCAGCAGGUAGAUAGGAUGAUUACCUGCUUUUCAAAGGUAUAUUUUAGCCAAAAUGAGAAAGCGUCUUUAUGGGAAAGCGCUGAUAAUAUCAGCAGGUCUGUUUAUUACUUAUUGAUGCUGCACACAGACUACUUUAAUCCGCAUAGUAAACGAAAGAUGAAGAGAGAGGAAUUUCUUAAGAUUGCUCAGGAAGACCAGCAAUAUCUUCCAAAGGAAAUUAUACAAUAUUUUUACGAUGAAAUAACAGCACGCGAAUUCCCGCAUUUUAUAUUACCUCCAUUUAUGACUGAAGAAGAUGGAGUUGAAAAUCUCAAUAAUGGUUUAGAGUUAGAUUCUGAAAAAUUCUCUCCAUUAAAGAUAAUUGAAUCGAAAUAUUUGACUCACCGGCCUGAAUUGUGGCCAAAUAGAAAUCGGUCCAGUUCAAUUAAUUUUCUCAGCAACCCAGUUUAUGUGCCGUGGAAUACAGGGAUACACAUAUUUAACGAGGAGAUUGAUCCAUAUUAUUAUAUUACCAAUGAUGAUGUUGCUUCAGCUACGUUGCAGGUCGAAAUGGAAAAACAAGGGUGCAUAGUACCAAGCAUUGAUAAGUUAGACGAACCUACAGCUCCACUAAGCCAGAAAAGUUUGUCAACGAUAAAAGAUGUGAAAGGUGGUUACCUCAAAUUGACACAGAGCAUUGCUAAAGAUGUAAUAGAUCGACCAUUGGAUGCUAAUUCCCUAUCGCAAUCUGAUCCGGAGGAUAGCUCUCGUUAUUUGAAGAUAAUACACGUAGGGAAACUAUGCAAGCUGCAGGUUAGAAAGUUUUCAAUGGCGAAUUCAUCAAGAAGUACAUGGAAAACUUAUCAGACGAUAUUGACCACGUCUUUCCUUCUUAUUAUUGAAGGCAAUUGCUAUAUUGAUCCAUAUGUCGUUAAGGAUCCUAAAACAAAUUCCACCAACCUCAUAAUGGAAUAUCCGGUUGCUUCUCAGGUUGUAAGUAUUAUUGAUUGCAAUGGAUUACUUGCAACACCGGAGCCUUUCCUGGAAAGCACUCUAUUGGAAGAUGAAGAUUCAGAAAUAUUUUAUCUAUUCAGCAAUGAGAGUAAACAUAUUUUCCGCUGUCCUAGCAUGCAUGAAAGGAAUUCUUGGAUUGAAAUGAUAAACAUGGUAGCAGCAACAGCGAAUUGUAAUCUCUCUAUACCAGCUAUUGCAAACACUAUUAGACACAUAGGCAAGUGGAGUACACAGGAGAAGUCAAGCAAGUUAGAAAUUUCUCUGAAGGAGAAGAAGUUAAAGCUAGACAAUUUCAUUAAGAUUUUGCAAUAUUGCAAAAUAUUGGUGCCAACAUCAAGUAAAUCAAAAUCUCGUCUUCUACAAUUUGUGAAACGGUGCUUGACUAGAGUUGACUGGCUUAUUUAUGAAAUAAGACGGAAUCAAAUAUACAUACAGGUUCUUAAAUGCAUUGAACAGGUAGAGGAGCUUUCGCGUGUUCCAGAAGACAGAAAUUCCAUAGACGUGAGCUGCUUAUUCCUUAAAUGUUAG